AGUGACUAUUUUUAGGGCCCUCUCAUUCAGUUCUUCACACGCUUUAUGUUACUUCUUUUGGAGAUUUUUUCUUUCUUUUGUCAGAAUCUCCUAUUAGUCUUCAAGUUACCUUUCUUCUCAGAAGUAGAAAGAGAUUUUGAGUUUCUUCUAAUCAUUCAGCUUUCAUACCAUAAAACAACUACAUUUCAUACCAAAUGUUCAACAAAAUAUUCUCUCUCUUCACUAACAAAUAGUCCUGUCCUUUCAUAGUAAUAGUAAAACAACAUAAUUGUAGAGUCAUGUUAAUUAUUUGAACAUCUAACUAGUGAAGUUGAAUCAGAUUAGAAUAAGAUGAUCACAAAAAUGAUUAAAACAAUCCUUCUCAUCCCUUCUCAAUUCAUUAUUUUCCUUCUCAUCAACUCAGUAAUGGCAGAACCAAGGGCAAGAACAAUCCAAAUAGCAUGUGGUCAUCAACUAGAGCACAACAGCACCAUCUAUGUUCCGAAUUUCGUUGCAACCAUGGAGAAAAUCAGUGAACAGAUGCGAAGUACCGGAUUUGGAACAACAGUUACAGGGACAGGACUUGAUACUAACUAUGGCCUAGCUCAGUGCUAUGGAGAUCUUUCAUUGCUUGAUUGUGUGCUAUGUUAUGCCGAGGCAAGGACGGUUCUUCCUCAGUGCUUCCCUUUCAAUGGUGGGCGCAUUUACCUCGAUGGUUGCUUCAUGAGGGCCGAGAAUUAUAGCUUCUUUGAUGAGUAUACAGGAGCAGGAGAUAAUGCAGUAUGUGGGAACAGAACAAGGAAGAACUCAAGUUUUCAAGAAGCUGCAAAGCAAGCAAUUGUAACAGCAGUUCAAGAUGCACUUAGCAGUAAAGGAUAUGCUAGAGGGAAGGUCGCCGUGACCGGAACGGUUAAUGAGUCUGCUUAUGUGCUGGCUGAUUGUUGGAGGACUUUGAACACAAGCUCUUGUAAAGCAUGUCUUCAGAAUGCAUCAACUUCUCUAUUGGGAUGCUUGCCUUGGGAAGAAGGCCGUGCGCUUAACACCGGUUGCUUCAUGAGGUUCUCAGACAAAGAUUUCCUCNNGAAGCUCAAAGGGUAAAUGAAUCUUGAGAAUUUAGAAAGUGCAGGUAAUGUAAUAGUGCUGGUGGUUGCAGUGGUUAGUUCAUUGAUUGUUUUUGUGGUUGGAAUAGCUAUUGGGAUAUAUAUCUUGAAACUUAGAUACAUUCAAAAGAAAAGAAGAGGUUCAUAUGAUACAGAAAAGUUAGCAAAGUCCCUUCGCCGCAGUAGCCUGAAUUUCAAGUACACUUCACUGGAAAGGGCUACUGGAUCCUUUGAUGAGACUAACAAGUUAGGACAAGGAGGAUUCGGAACAGUUUACAAAGGAGUUCUACCUGAUGGAAGAGAGAUUGCUAUCAAGAGGCUAUAUUUCAAUAACAAACAUAGAGCAGGAGAUUUCUACAAUGAAGUGAACAUAAUCAGUAGCGUGGAACACAAGAAUCUAGUCCGACUGUUAGGAUGCAGUUGUUCAGGACCCGAAAGCCUGCUUGUGUAUGAAUAUCUGCCCAACAGAAGUCUCGAUCGCUUCAUUUUUGACAAGAAUAAGGGAAGAGAACUGAACUGGGAGAAGAGAUACGAAAUCAUCGUUGGGACAGCUGAAGGAUUAGCAUACCUACAUGAGAAUUCUAAAACCAAAAUAAUUCACAGAGAUAUAAAAGCCAGCAACAUCCUCUUGGAUGCAAAGCUUCGUGCUAAAAUCGCAGAUUUUGGCUUGGCUAGAUCCUUUCAAGAAGAUAAGAGCCAUAUAAGUACAGCUAUUGCAGGAACUUUGGGUUAUAUGGCUCCAGAGUACAUAGCUCAUGGUCAGUUAACAGAAAAGGCAGAUGUGUAUAGUUUUGGAGUGCUACUGCUAGAGAUAGUUACCGGGAGACAGAACAACAGGAGCAAAGCAGCUGAAUAUUCAGACAGCUUAAUUACAGUGGCAUGGAAACACUUUCAGUCAGGGACAGCUGAACAAUUAUUUGAUCCAAAUCUUCAGUUGCAUGAAGACUACAACAACAGCAGUGUUAAGAAUGAGAUCUUAAGAGUGGUUCAAAUAGGACUUCUAUGCACCCAAGAGAACCAUUUGUUGCGGCCAACUAUGUCAAAAGUGCUGCAGAUGCUAACAAAGAAGGAGGAGCAACUUGUUGCUCCUUCUAAUCCACCUUUCCUAGAUGAGAAUACCAUGGAAUUCUGUGACAUAAGUGGUGACCCAUUUUUCCCUCUCGUUGCAGAUGACUCAGUCGCUACCAUGUCCCAUAGCUCUUUUCAUCCCAGGUGAUCUGCCUAGUACUAACAAUGUAUAUCUCUAUCCAUUACUAAUUUAUACAAGAACAUUAGGAUACAACAAAUAACAAUGUGAAAAAAUUAAAUUAGCCUUACAAGGUACUUACAGCAA